AUGGCGGGGCGGGGGGCCCGGGCAGCGCAGCCAAUCACGCCCGGGGACCGCCUCCCCCGCCCGCGCCCGCGCCUUAACCCUCUGCGCGCUGGGACUGGAGCCGGGGCCGGGGCCGGGGCGGCGUGCGGACCCCCGAGGGCAGAAACGGGCUGGGUCUCCGGCUUCAGGGUGCGGUGUCCAGACCUCGCCGAGACCGGCUCGGGGCUGGCGGAGCCCGGGGAGCGGCUCAGCUGUGUCAGAAUUUCUAUAGCUGUUAAAAAUAUAUUAGGACUUGCCAAGUUGGCGGCGCCCGUCUGCUGUCGGGAGCUCCGGUCGCUGGUGCUGUCCUGGAGCCGGGAGCUGCCGUGCGUCUGGCGCGCCCUGCACACCUCCGCGGUCUGCGCCAAGAACCGGGCGGCUCGAGUCCGAGUGGGCAAGGAGGACAAGCCAGUGACCUACGAGGAGGCGCACGGGCCGCACCACAUCGCCCAUCGCAAGGGCUGGCUGUCGCUGCACACAGGUAACCUGGCUGGGGAGGACCACGCUGCAGAGAGAACAGUGGAAGAUGUUUUCUUUCGUAAAUUUAUGCUGGGCACCUUCCCAGGCUGCCUGGCUGACCAGCUUGUUCUAAAGCGCCGGGCUAAUCAAGUGGAGAUCUGUGCCCUGGUCCUGAGGCAGCUACCUGCACAUAAGUUCUACAUCCUUGUGGGCGACAGUGAGACUCUGCUGUCCCACUUUUACAAGUGUCCCGUGCAUCUGCACCUCCAAACUGUGCCCUCAAAGGUUGUGUAUAAGUAUAUCUAGGGCAACCAGCCUGUUUGCAUCAAACUGUAGCCUGCAAAGGACAGAAACUUGUGGAAAAGGACUGAAGUAGAAACAGGGGAAAUACAUCCCCUCAGACUACUGAGGCUUUGUCUUCAAAGUUGGCUGUUGAAUAAAUAGACUCUCCAUGUUG